AUGGAGUACGACGCCGUAGCUGCUGACAGCACGCUCACCAUCGACGACAUGUGGCUGGCACCGUAUUGUAACCCGGGAGAUGGUUCCAGAAGAGCGUGCAACUUCAAUGAGUUUGUCCAUAGUGUUUACGAUGAUCUCGAUGGAUAUACCGGCGCCAUCGACCCAGACGCCUACACUCGCGACACCCCUCUUGCCACCAUUGCGGAAGACCUGCAUAAUGCAGGAUUUCAAAGAGUGCACCUUGACCCUACGUCACUCGUCAAAGAUUUGACUGCAUACAACACUCUUUACUAUAAGGUCAUCAAGAAAGUGACCGACUCGGUGCAAUGGUCAAGGUCAAAGGGAGCAACGGCAGACCUUGACCGAGCUCGCGAGGCCAUUUCGGGAGUGUAUGGAGAGCGCAAGGCCGACAACAUGGUAGGCAUCGUUGCCAACAAUGGUGACGAGAUUGCAAAAGCUUUGGGCGUUGAUUUUGAGACCCAAACGGAAACGUCACCACUCGGGAGGGAGUACGAAGGAAUCGAUUUCGACACGAUGGAGGACAAUCUCAUGGCGAAACAUGGGAAUGACUUUGUUGCUGUGCAGGAAAUCUUAGAUCAGGCGACUAAUUUGAUUAGCGAGUACGAGAGUGAGGACCCUGACAACCACCGAGGGCUCAUUGAUGCUGUGAAGAACCACAUGGAUCGUGUGAAUAGUGUCGAUACUAGUUGCUGA